GAACAGGUGUAUGGAAUUUUCUCUUUGAUCAAACCAGUUCCACGUACUCAAAUUUCGCUGAUGAAAAGAGCACCCUCAUCUGGUAUUAAGCUACACAAUAUAACAUGAAUCAAUCUUUUACUGAACAGUGAACUUGCUCCCUUCAAAGAACGUAUUACCUACAACGGUAUGAUGCGAUUUUUCAAAAGUAUACCUAGCGGCAAGCGCCACCUUGCCAUCAUCACCAUGAAAUGAAGUAUCUCAACACAACAAUCUGACGUACAUGUCACACAAGAAAGCAGAACCGGAAUACUCAUUCGAAACGCACGAAACUAAAACUAUACUAGAGGACCGCAACCUGAAAACCCAUCUCAAUCCAGAAAGACACUCAUGGAAACAAAAUAAAACCGGCAACACACCACAAUCAACACAAGCGGUCUACGGCCAGCGGGCCGCAAGGACAAAGCCAUGGACUGUGCGCACUACUCUGAGAAUGACUCUGGCGCGUCCUCAGAGGCCCGAUUUCAGGAAGGCGGACAAAUUCAUGCUCUUGGAUCGAGACGGCAGGUGGGUGAUGUGUGAGGGAGAAUUUGGUCUCUGGGCGCGUCACAGGGUGAAAGUGUGGUCGGAGGGAGGGAGGGAGGGUGGCGUUGCGGUGGUUCGAUCUGUUGAGGUCAGUGAAUUUCAGCUGCCCGAGAGGGGGAAGAGGAGGAGGGGGAGGAGUAGGAGGAGGAGAAGGAGAAGGUGGUGGGGGUGGCAGUGGGGGAUUCCGUGAAGUGGGAGUUAGGGAUAGCAGGGUAGCA